AUGAGAAAAAUUUGGAAUAGAAGAGAUAAAGAGAAAAGAAAGAGUUUUUCAAAUUCAAGUAAUUCAAAUCAAUCGCCAUUAAAUUCAAAUGUUUCACAUAUUGAUAAUAAUAGUAAUGGUAACUCACAAUCUCAAUUAAAUUAUGAUUCAAAUCAAUCAUUUUAUACUGUUGAUGACGAUAUUUCCUCUAUAUCAGAAGAAUCACCAAAUUUUUCUUCAACAAGUUUAGAUAAAAUACCUACAAGAUCAAGCAUUGGAGGUUUCAGAACUCAAAAUUUAAAUGGCUCAUCUACAAACUUGAAUAACAAUAGCACCAAUAAUUCAAUCAAUAACACUAAUGGAUCUCAUACAACCACUUUAACACAAUCAAGAGGUUCAUCAUUAUCUUCGCAAGUAUCAAAAUUUCAUUCAUUAGUUAAAUCAGAUUAUGAUAAUACACUUAUAAAGAAUAAUUGGGUGAAUAUAAUAAGUAAUGGAGACAUCAAUGAAAAUAACCUAAAAUUGUAUCGAGCAGAAUUAAAAGGCUCACAUUUAUAUUUAUAUAAACCAUCACCAAGUCUAAAUAUUAAAAAGUUUCAAUUUAAUAAUGAAAAUGAGGAAGAACAAGAUAAGGAAAAAGAUAAAGAUAAUCAAAGUGAUCUAGCAACUUUAGUACCACUGCUGACAAAUGCAACUACACCAAAUGAAUCAGAACAAAUUACAUAUUUAUCAACGAAAAUUCCACAUCCAAAACUUUCGUAUGAUUUCAAUUUACAAAAAUUUCAAACAAAGCUAUUUCAAAAUGAUCAAAACACUUUGGAGUCAAUAUUGCAUUUUUAUUUAUUUUCACAAGAUCAAGAUGCAACAAUAACUACAUUAAUCAAUAUAAUACCAAUUUUACCUGAAUUUGGGAGAAUAUUAAAAUUUAUAAUAUCUUAUAUACUGGCUAUAUUUGAUAAAAAAUUUAAUGAAGAGAUAAAUGAAAAUUUAAUAAUUGAAAGAGUGCUAUUAAUUUUGAAUAAUAUUGAAGACAAUUUUAAUGGAUUUUUGUUAAAGUCUGAUAUAGCUCCACAAAUUUUGAAAAUUAUAGAAAUAUUACAACAGAAAAGUGACAAGGUACAAUAUUUUAAACAAAAGAUGUUACAAAAACAACAACUACUAAUAGAGUUAGUUAACACUAAUAUAUCAGCCAAUCCUUUUAAAGAUUUGAGUUCCUCGGUUUUCAUGAAAGAAAUAAACCUCAUAGAAUUUGCAAAAAUUAUUAGUGAAAUAGAUUUAAAAUUUUUUCAAAAUUGGAAUUCAAAUAUUGAUAAAUCAUUGUUGUUGUCAUUAUCAAUAAGAGGUGAUGUCACUGAAAACAACUUUUACAAGAAAAAUCCAUUAAUUUAUAAUAACAACUAUCACAUUCAUUACUUAUCAAGACUAUUAAUAAAUCAUUUAUUUAUGGAAAAUAAUACAUCUAAUUCAAAUCAUAAUUUCAUAGAGACAAAAGCCAGAAUAAUAGAAAAAUGGAUUGAUUUAGGUUGUUUGCUAGAUAAAUCAGGUAAUAUGUCAUCAUGGUUGGGUAUAUCAUCAAUAAUUUUGUCACAACCAGUUUUGAGAUUGAAUAAAAUUUGGUCUUUGGUGUCCCCUGAUUAUAUAAAAUUGUUGAAAAAUGAUUGGAGUCCAGUAUUAUUUGAACUAGAUAGAAGGUAUUUAGUCAAUGAAUCAAAAUCAGAUACGGAAUCAUCAAAAGAUUCUUAUCAUAUAAUGGCACCUCGUGGAUUGGGUAAAAUAUAUCCAAAAGAAAAAGUCAUACCUUAUUUUGGAGAUCUAGUUAUAAACAAUCACGAAUGUGGUGAUAUAUAUGAGAUUGAAUCUAUAUGGAAAAGAAUUAACUACUCAUUUGACAGAUGGAAUGAUUAUUUAUUAAACCUAUCAAAUUAUCAACAAAUUAUAAAUUAUAAUACGGAAGUACUAAAAAAGUAUGAUUCUAUGGGGUUUAUAUUUUCAAAUGAAUCAUUAAAUCAUGUAUUGCAAUUUGGUCAAGAAGGUAAAGAAUUAAACACCGUUCAUUCAAAAAUAGAAAAUAAAUCAACCACUAAUAUCAAUAUAAAAAACCAACUAAUUAAAUUAAUUGAACUAAAUUGUGAAUCUAUGGAUUUGGAAAAAAUAAUGAAAUUAUCAAUAAUGUUGGAACCAGAUUUACCAGAGUUUUACCUUAAGGAAACCGAUGUUUGUCAUUCAAUACCUCAAUUUAAUAACAACUUUUACAAGAUUAAUAUUGGGAAAUAUGACAACCAGGAAGAUCAUGGUGAAAACAAACACAAUUUUGCAAUUGAUGAGGAACUAACCUAUAGGAUUGACGAUUUUGUUGAAUUAGAUUAUCAUCUUCAUAAUAGCCAAACCAAUGGAAAUCUCAAAAAUGGAUUACAUGCAAACUCAGAUGACUAUGUAGCGAUUGAUGAUGAAGAUGACGCAGGUUUGGGCAUUGAUGUUGACGAUAUUUUAAACUCAGACAAAUUUAACAAUUUAACAUUAUCUCCAAAAUCAAGAAAAUCAAGUAUGGAAAUUAAAAGUUGUUACAUCCCAAAAUAUAUCACAAUUGAAAGAGCAAUUGAUUUAUUACUUAUAGAUUCAAGAUAUUUUCAUACUGAAACUCAAUUAGAUUUAACUGAAUAUAGAUUUGUAUUUUUGUUAAAUUAUAAUUCAUUCAUGACAACAAAAGAUUUAUUGGAUAAAUUAGCUCAUAGAUUUGUUAAUUCAGGUAAUGCAGUUUUGUCUGUGAUGAAAAAAAAUUAUUUGAGUAAAACUAAAAAAUCAAACGUUGAACCAAAUUCAUUUCCAAAUUGGGAUUUAGAUACAAGUAUUGAUUUAAAUGAAUUAGGUGAAAUUGAUUAUGAAUUGUUAUUAAAGAUUCAAAUUAAUAUAUUAAAAGUGCUAAUUGUAUUGAUCAAUAAUUUUUACCCAAAUUUUUCAUUAGACUUAUCAAAUAAGACUACAUUGAUCAAAUUAUUAAAAUUAUUUAGUAAUGAAAUUUUACAAUGGUACAACUCAAACAAGAUCAAUUCAAAUUUGGAGAAAUUAUUUGAAAAUCUAGUUUCAUACUACAAAAAAUUAAAAAAAUUAUUUGUUAAAAAGACUUAUAGACCAAUUGAAAUUACAAAAUUUAAUGAAUACCUCAUCAAUGAGUUCAAAUUUACAAAUUCAUUAAAUGAAGUUCCAAUGAAUAGAAAUUUACCAAGUCAUAAAAACAUUCACAAGAUUGAAAAAUUCUUGUAUAAGUUUAAUAAAUUAUUGACCAUCUUUUAUAAAGGUAUAAAGUCAGAGGACUGGAUUAAAAUUUUCAAAAUUAUGGAAAAUUUAUAUGAUAAAAAUCUAUUGUUUGAUUUUAAUCUACAAAAACAGAACACUCCAGAUGAUUCAAUUAUCAUAUCAAAUAUCUUUAACUAUUUUGAAACAUUGUUAGUUGAUAGACAAUUAAUUCUUAAAAAAUUUCCAUUAGUGUUUAGAAAAUUGUUCAAAUUAUAUUUUAGAUUCAAAACAUAUUUAUUAAUUCAAUUAAUUGACAACAAUAUAUCAACAGAAGAAAGAUUAGAUCGUAUGAAGACGUUAUUAAUAAUGUGUAAAAUAUCAAAAUUAAAAAUGAAUGAUAACCAAUUUAUAUUUGAGGGUAUUGGUAAUAUUCCAUCAUGUAUUGAAACAGCAAUAAUUAACGUGAUAUAUUCACCAGAAUCAAGACAUUUCACAAAUUUAUGGAUUAAAGCAUCAAAUUCAUUAGAUCAUCAUCACAACAAAGAAUUCGAUAACAUUGAUGAAUUAAUACCACUGAAUAUUUCAAAUAAUGAUUUACAAAGUAUUGAACCUUUAUUACCUUGUUUUGGAUGGAUAAUUGAGAAUUUAAUUGAAUUGAAUAAAAUCCCUUCAUUUUUUAAUAAGAAUGAUAAACAUUUGAUCAACUUUAACAAGAGGUAUUUAAUUUUCAAAUUUAUUAAGGAAUUGGGAGUGGAAGAAGUUGAUGAUUUAGAAUAUAAUGAUUCCAAGGAAUUUGAGUUUUUGUUGAAGUUAAAUGAAUUAGUUGUUAAAAAUUCUUCACAUCCAAUAAACAAAAAUCAAUAUCCAACUAUCUUUAAAGAAGUGAUAAAAGAACAGCAUCAAAUACUAGUAGUUGAUAAUCAGAAAAAAUCAUCAAUAGACUCACAAUUAAAAACAUUAACCACAAACAACAGUUUAAGCACAAGUACAAUAACCCCAAUAACAACAAAUCAAAUGCAUACCAUAGCCAAAAAACCAUCAAAUUCAUCAUUAAAAAGACAAUCCUUAUCAUAUAAGUCAAAUUCAUCAUCAAGAUUUAAAAUUAGUGGACUUUUCACAAAAUCAAGAUAUUCAUUAAAUAAUAGCUCAGAAAGAUCAAUUAAUGUUAAAGAAUUACCAAACCCUGAAUUUCAAGUUGAUUCAACCACCAAAACAAAACCAUCAAUUAUAAUAUCAUUAAAGAACAAAAAGAUUUUCCCAGUUUAUUUAUUUCCAUUUAGUUUUAAAAUUGAUUCUUCUGAUGACUCAGAUAAUGAAUCUUCAAUCUUAAUUCAAACUUUAUCAGAUCAAGAUUUAAAUGAUUGGCUUAUAUUAAUAAAUUUUGCAAAUCGUCAUUGGUUCUUGAGUAGAUCAUUGAAUUAUAAAAUCACAACACCAGUAUCAAAUUUAACAUUUGGUUUACCAUUAAGUUAUAUAUGUCAACGAGAUUUCAAUAAAACUCCAAAAUUUUUAGAUUUGAUUUUUAAAGAAAUUGAAAAAAAUGGUUUAAAAGAUGUUGGAAUAUAUAGAAUUAGUUCAUCAAUAUCAGAAUUAUCCAAUCUUAAACAAAGUAUAGAUAAAUUUGGAACAUUAUCACCAGAAAAUUAUGAUAUUCAUACUUUAACAUCAAUAGUCAAAACAUUUUUCAGAGAUUUACCUGAUUCUUUAAUUCCAGAUGAUACAAUAAUCAAGUUGUUUGAAUUAAAACAAGAAUUACAAUCGCCAAAAGAAGAAUCACAAGAAUCACAAGAAGAAGAAGAAGAAGAAAAAGAAGAUCCAAAGACAACAGAAUUAUCCAAAUUAAAAGAAAUAUUGAAUAAAUUACCAACUUAUAAUUAUCAAACUUUACAAAAACUUUUAAAUCAUUUAUUAAAAAUUCAAGAAAAUUCUCAAUAUAAUAAAAUGAAUUCAUCAAAUUUAUCAACAGUUUUAGGUCCAUGUUUAGUGGAAGCCUCAAAUUUAGAUAUCUUGAUACAAAAUUUUGGAUUUAUGAAUCUUUAUUUGGAAAAAUUUAUUUUAAAUUAUGAUUCAUUAUUUGACUAA